AUGAUCAAUUACUCUUACUGCGGGCAGUAUGAAAAUCCAGUCUAUCUAGCGCCAAAUUUGUACAGUUACUUGAUGUCGAAAGAGUUUGACGCCAGCAGUAUCGAAGCACCUGCAUACCAUUAUGAAAAUGCAUCUGAGUUCAUGGAUCCGGAUUGGUCGAACCCAAACAACCUGACGAUCCCACAAUGCGUAUUGGACUUCACGAUCCCUUCUACCAUGAAGGGUCCCGUGUACAUGUAUUAUCGUCUUACCAACUUUUAUCAAAACCAUCGGCUUUAUAUCAAGAACUAUGAUCCUUUCCAAUUGCUCGGUAAUCGCGUAUCGUCAGGAACAUUGGAGACUAAUUGUGGACCGCUGGCGAGUCGGGAUGGUGGCGUUAUUUAUCCUUGUGGAUUAGUGGCCAAUUCCAUGUUUAAUGACACGGCAUCCAACUUAACAUCAGUGACCACCGGAGGAAAUUACACGUUCACAAGAAAGGGCAUUGCAUGGCCUGAAGACUUUCAAAAAUAUGGUACCAAUACCGACUAUGCUGACUCGGAAUUGGUUCCUCCACCCAACUGGGCUUCGCGGUAUCCAAAUGGGCAAUAUGAUGCAGACCAUCCACCACCGAACCUGCACGAUAUGGAACGGCUGAUGGUAUGGAUGCAUAUGGCGGCUUUGCCUGAUUUCCGCAAGAUCUGGGCGAGAAAUGACAAUGACGACCUUCCUGCAGGUCGAUGGCGUGUUCAUAUCGAUUUGAGUAAGUGUAACAUAAAUGUGUAUACUUCCUUUUAA